CGGUUUUCGAACAGGGUUUAGCCAAGCUAAUUUCGGAUACGUUCGGACAUGUGAAAAAUUAUUUUUCGCAUUUCAGUCUGUUUUGUUCCCAUUUAUAAGUGUUUUUCGUUAAACUUACACCUUUGAUCUGCCAGAAAGAUGUCUGUAAAAGAUGAAUCUGUUCCCCAGCCCAGGAAAAUAUCCCAUGAUGAUGAUAAAGUGAUAGACUUUGGCAAACUUGAAAAGGAACUUGAUACUGCUGUUGCAGCAGAGGCAAAGUAUUGGCGAGAAAAUGAUGCUAAAUUCCGGGCUGUGCAUCAGAAAGUAGCUUCUUAUGAUGAAUUUAGGGAUAUUGUUUUGGCGUCCCAUCUAAAACCAUUGGAGAAGGAUGACCGUCUUACAGAUAUGAAAUUUACACAACCUUGGAAUGUCAGUGCUUCAAAAAAGGUGGAUUCAGCAAACAAACCAGACCAUGCAGACAUUCCACAGAGUAAAGAAUAUCCAACUUCUGGACAAGCCUUCGUAAGAGAAUGGCGGAAACUGAACAAAAACACAGCUCAGCAAUAUUCUUACCUGAUAGAACUUGGUGCAGAAAGACUUGGUAAUAUAUUCAAGCCAGAAAUAGGAUUUGGACUUCUAGGAGAAUUCGCUCAUUGUCUGAAUUGUGAACUGAAUGAUCAGGAUGCAUGUAGAGUUGUGAUAGUCCUUGAAAAAUUGUCCAAAACUAACAGAUUUAAACUGACGGUGGAUUUUCUAAGUAAGAAGGAAAAAGACUACUUGAAUGGUUUAUUUGAGAAGUUAAGAAACUGCCAAAAGCAAGAAAUUGAUAAGGAAGGCGGAGAUAAAAUGACAUUGUUAGAUGAUAUGGAGAAAGUUUAUGGCAUUAAAAAAUGAUUUCAGUGA